AUGAAGUCUUAACUUAAUAAAGGGAAAGCAGAACUGACUAGGUCUAACUAUCUUAAAAAAUUACAAAAUCUUUAAAUUUCAAUCACUACACUUCCAAAUAGUGCAAUAUAGGUUAAAACACCAAAUGUUUCAAUUAUCAAUAAUUCUUUUAAAAUAUUAUCAUAAUAAACUACUCCUAAAACUAUUUAAGAAAAUAAUUUCUUUAGUAGUCGAGAUUUUGAUGUUAAUGAAUUAAAAAAAUAACAUUUACGUACACAAUCUCAAAUUGAAGGUUUGCUUUUGAGAACCUAAUUAGUUGAAACAGCUCGAUAAAGAACAGCCUCAACUUUUAUAAAGAAGCCUAAAGCUGAUGUUAAGCCUGCUAAGGUAUAUAGAAUAAUCUAGUAAAUGAAUUAAGAAGAUGAAUUAAGAAAAUAAGAAAAACUAAAAAAAAUAUAGUUAAUGCAAUAAGUAGAAAUGGAGAAAAAAGAAAAAGAGAAGCAAAAUCAAUAAAAAGAGUCCACUCCUAAAAUUAAUUCUCUUACAUCAAUUUUAUCUAAAAAAUCCAAUGCUGCAAAAUAUAAAUUAUUAAAAGUUAGUCUAAAUGUUAUAGAAAAAUCAAAAGAAAAAAUUUAAAUGAGUUCUAUAAGGGAUGAUUCUGUUUAAAUUACUUAGAAUGUAAAAAUAAGAGAAAAAUAAACAGACACUAUUUUUAAAAUAUCAACUAUUAUAACAGCCUUAAUGUUUUAACGACUUCAUUCUAAAAUAACAUCUCCUAAAUUGGCAAGAUUAGUAUCAAAACAUUAUUUAAGUCUAAUAAAUUAUAGAAAAAUUGAGGAAAGACUUUUAGCUUUAACUACAAACCCUUCAAUGAAAUAUAUAUAAAAUGUAUUAAAUGAAGAUGAUGUUUUAAGUAAUGCAAUAAAGGUAGUUUAAGUAAGAGAAAUAUAAAGAAGAUUAAAUGAAGGACUUUCAUAAAGAAGAAAGGCUUCAAAAAUAAUUUUCUAAAAAAAAUCUAGUAAAGAAUUAAGAGCUGAGGAUAUUUUUUCAGAGAAAGUACUAAAAAGAGUUAGAUUUAUUUAGAUGUGUUUUAGAAUGAAAGUUUUUAAAUUUAAUAAAAGAUCUAUAGUUAAUUCUAAACCUAUUGAGAAGAUAAGAAAAUCUACAAAAGUAAGAGCAUUUAAAAGAAGACUUGGUGAUAUCAUAUUUAUGAGUGAAAAUGUUCCAGUAUUUUAAUUAUAAUAGGAGAAAAAAGAAUAAGAAGAGAAAGAGAAAGAAAAGAUUUAAAUAGAAGAAAAGAAAGAAAAUCUUGGAGUUUUUGGAAUGCUUUGGAAAGCCUAAAAUAAAUUUAAAAAUUUUUGUAGACAUCCAGGUUUAAAAAUACCAUCAAAAACUUGUGAUGAUUGGGUUAAACACAUUUAAACAUUAUAUUAUCCUAGUUUUAGAUAUAUUUCAGUUUUUUAUAGAAAUAUUGUAGUCUGGUCAGUAUCCUAUUAUGAUGUUACUUAUGAUAAAAGUUGUAUUGCCCUAUUUUUUAAAGGAGAAGGUCGUUAGUAAUAUCAUUUUCGUUUAGAUAUUCCACUUGUCACAAUGCCAGACUUUGAAGUUAAUAAGAAUUGUACAACAGUUUGGCCUACAGUAAAAGAUUACAUGCUGAUUUAUUUAAGAUAGAAAGGAUAAUUGGCUUUAUUGAAUAAGGAUUAACUUCCAUCGGCUAAAGUUUAUAAGACCUCUUUUAUUUAAGGACUUUCUCUUAAGUCAAGAAGAAAACUCACUGAACUUGAUAUUUAAUCAAUUGUUGAAACUUAAAAAAUAAUCACUUAUUUGUAAAAUAAUCAAAUAGUAAAAAUAAAAAAGAAGAUUGGAACAACAUAUGAUUUAUUACCAUAAUUAUCUGAGACAAUUGAUUCAGAUUUGAUUAAAUAAUACAUAAUUAAUUUACCAUUAAUUAGAUUAAUACUUAUUGACAUAUUAGUUUUAGAAUAAAAAUUAUUAGAAAAUAAAAGAAAAUUAAAUUAAGAUAGUUAGAAUCUUUCUAAAGAAUAUGUAAAUUAUAUUUAAAUUCAUUAAGAAAUAUUAAAUUAAAUAUUAUAAUUCAGAUUUUUACAUAAUAAUAGUGAAUUUUUUAAUGAUUAAUUGAUAACAAAAAUAAAUUAAUAAGAAACAAAAAAAAUAUUUAUUUAAUCUUGUUUUGUAGAUAUUAAUGAAAUAUUAAUAUAAUCAAAUGAUGCACUAUUAGGAUAAGUAAGUAAAACAUGUUAAUUGAGUAUACAUUUAUGUUAUAAUGGGAAUGCUGUAGUAGAUAAAUUGUUAUUAGAUGUGGAUAGAAUGAGACCAAGAUAUUAAUUUAAUAAUGAAGCACCAUAAUUAUUUUGGAUUAAUCCUGAAACAUUAGAAUGGUUAUUUGAUUCAUCUAAAUUUUAAUUAUAAAUUGAAGCAUUAUUAUUUGAAAAAGAUAAAUAAAAUACAGAUUAAUUUUUUUAUUAAACAAAUUUACAUAGAAGGAGAAAUGAAAGAAUUUUUUAACCUUUAAGUAUUAGUAUUUUUCAUUUUGAGAAAUUAGCUCUUGCAGCUAAGGAAAUAAUUGAUAGUUCUAUUUUUGAUUAAUUUAACAUUAAUUAUAUUUUGAAGAAUUUGAUAUUUGAAAGAACAAAUUAUUCUGUAAUAAUUAGUUUAAUAUUAAAUCAUUUGAUAACAUUAAAUUUUAAAAAUAGAUAAGUUACCUUAAAAGCAUAAUAUUAACAUAUACUUUCAUCUACUUUAAAUUUUAUAGAAAAAAUGGAUCAUCACAGUUUAUAUAAUACAACAUAAACUUAUUUAAAAUAUAGUAUAUAUCCUCAUGAAGAAAAAGAUUUAAGAAAAAUGAAAGAAACUCGUGAAACUUAAGCUAAAUUCGAAUAUCAUUCAAUUUUUGAUUAAUAAUUUCAAUAGAUUGAUUAAAUUGAAAUUAAACCAGAAUAUGCUUCUAAAUAAUUAGAAGUAGCAUAAGAAUAUAAUUAUGAUUAAAAAUAAAUAUUUUGGUCAUAAGGUGUAAAAAGGUUUGAUACAUUCCAACAUCCAAAUUAUGUAUUUGUACGUCUUAGAGAUAAAUUUAUAAUAGUAAUUCUAUCAUAAUAAAGAGUAAGAAUGAUCAAUAUAACUAGAUUAAGAAAACCUUUGAUAUUAGAUUCAAAAAAUUCACAUAUUUAUAUUAAUAUUUGUAAAUACUCUUAAUAAAAGCCAUAUUAAAAAUUAUCUCUUUAUAGAAAAAUGUUUAUUAUAUUAUUAAAGGAGAAUUGUUUUUUGAGAAUUAAAAUGGAGAAAUUCUAUUGUGCAAUUAGAGCAUCUCUACCAAAUUAUAGUAAAAUAAAAGCUUAUUUAUUAUCUGAUUCAAAAGAGUUAAUUAAUUAUCUAAAUCGUUUAGAUUUUACGUUUACUUUUGAAACUAUUAAUAAAGCAAAAUGUUAUGCAAAUGUUAAAGUAUUCUAUUUAGGAAAAUAAGAAUCAUAUUAUUCUACAAAAUAUGAAUAAAUUUAUAAAUUUGAUGGUGAAAAUUUGUUUAUAAGUCUUUAAAUACAUGAAUUUGAUUCAAAGUUAAAAAAAUAUAUAUUAAUAUUCAAUAAAUUUGAUAUUGAAUAAAGAUUUGAAAUUUAUAAUUAUUUUUCACCAAAUUUAAUUUAUUAAUGGUGUUAAGAAUUUGUUGUAAAUUUAAAAUUUGAUAAAAAAUUUCUAUAUAAAACACCUUUUUCAGUUAUGUAAAUAAUAAAAUCAUAAUAAGAUAUAAAAUUAGCAUCAUUUUGGAUUGCUAAAAGAUCUUAAAAAUGUAUUCUUAAUGAAUAUUAAAGAGUUCAUUCAUAUGAUUAUAGUUAAGCAAAAUAAUUUUUAAGUUAAAGAUAUAAAAUCUUUAGAGUAAUAGCUCAUUAUAUAGAAAAGUUUUAUAUUGUAAAAUAAAAUAAUUAAAUAACAGUAUUAAAUGAAUGUAUGUUUCUUUAAUUUAAGAAUUAUAAAUUGAUUAAGGUUGAAUUUGUUAUAAUUACAAUAUAAGCUCAUACUGUUUUGGAUCUCAUUUAAAUCAUUUAUUAUUUCCCAAAAAGUAAAAAAAGAUUAAUGACAAAUAUUAAUUUAAUUUAAAUUUAAGAAAUGGAUUUUAGUUUAGGAAUGAUAUUUUAAUUAUUGAAUAUAACUGAAUAUUCUACAUUUAAUGAUAUUUCUAAUUAAGUUGAUGAAAUACAAAGAGGAUCACUUAAAUAUAGAAGAUCUUCAAAAUUAAAUAGUUAAGUGAUGACAAAAUUACAUAUUAUGAGAUAAUCUAUUGAUGUAUCUUAACUUAGUUUUAAAACUGGAAAAAUCAAAAGAAGACAAGGAUUUGUUGCAUAAACUUCUUAAAUUAAUAUUAAAACUAAAGUAAUCAAUUAAGCAAUAGAAAAAAAUGAAGAUAUGUGUUAAAAGGUAUUGUAAAUAAUUGAUUUUACAAGAUAAUUAAAUAGUGGUGAUAGAAAAAAUGAUAAAAGAUAUUUAAUAGAAAUUAUGUUUUGGAGAUUAAUGUAAUAAUAAGUAUUUUAAUUAUCAGUUCGUAAAGAAAAGAGAUAACUUAAAAGUUAUAUUAGUUUAUUUGAUAGAUUAGUAGAAUUAUUUGAUAAUGAAUCAAACAAGAAAUAUAGAAUAAUUGGAAAAGAAUAUUUAGAAAAAAAGUAAACAGAUGAAAAUAUAAGAUAUAAUUACAAAGUAUAAUCAGAAUGUAGAAAUUUAUAUAGAGAUUUAAUAUUAGAAUAAGAAAUAUAUAUGACUUAAAAUUUAAAUUUUGGUAAGACUCCUUUUGUAAUUAAAUGUAAUUUAAAUGAGAUUUCCAUUUUAGAAUAUUUAUGUACUAAAUAAUUCAGAAGUGAUAAUGGAAGUAGAGGAUAUAUUGAGUAUUUCUUAGAAAGAAAAUAGAAAUCUAAAGGAAUUGAUUUAUUUGAACCUGCAAAACCAAUUCUUUAUUCAGCAUCUUCUAGUUAUAAUAUUUAUUUAAGAUAUUAUUGUUUAGCAAAUUAUCAAUAUAAAGAUAUAAGGAUUAACUUAAGAGAAAUAAUGAAUUAAUUAGUUACAGAUGGUCUCUAUAAAUCAUAAUCAAAUUAUAUGAAUAGUAAAAUUAAUCUUAGUGAUAUAAUCGAAAUGUGUCAUUAUCUAACAUAAAAAAUUAAAACAUAAAAUUACCUUAAUUUAGCUAGAUUAUCAUAAAUUUAGAUUAAUUAAUUACCAGAAAUUUAAUAACAUAUCAUCUCUGAAUGUGAUGAUUAAUUAUCAAAAGAAACUAAACAAAGAUCAGGAGAUGGUUUUGUAUGUACUCAAGUAAUUCGAAAUAAGAAAAAUCAUUCUAUUUAUUAAUAUUAAUUAUUCUAAACUACAAGAAAGGUUAUUAUCAAUAAAUAUGAAAUGAGAUAAGAUUAUUUUGAAUAGAAAGAGUUUACGUAUGCUCAAUUAACUUAGUAUGUCCAUAAUUUCAUAUAUCUUAUCAAAGCAAAAUUAUAUUAUUUAGCUUUGAAAAGAUUUUCUUAAUGUUACAUAGAAUUGCAGAAAAUUAAUUAAUGA